AUAACCGAGUCCUAUAACUGUGCACACAGUAUGGACUGGGAUGUAAAUGUGAAAAGAACAUUUCCCCGAGUAGGAAAUCAAAGGCAGAUAAUGAUAACGGAACGAAGUCGCGGACCCCGUCCAAAAGAAGUUCCAAUGUUGGCAUUGGAGGGACUGCGAGACAGAGAAGAGGAGGAUUAUGCUGUCAUACCAGUUGCUGAAAUGCAAUCAAGCCCACUGUCGGCCAUGAGCUGGGGUACUGCACCUUCAGCACACCCCCAUGAGACAUGGAAUGGAGGAGUAAGAGACACACAAAGAAAUACCCCAAUGGUGGGAUAUCAGAACUCACCACAUUCCAGCUGCAGAAGCCUGCUCCUUAACGACCCCCCCAACAAUCCUGAACCAAACCCAGAGUCCUGUCACUCUGCCCCAUGCAACACGUCUGAGUGCGCACAAACUCAGACCAGCACCAUACACACUAGAACCAGGAAACUGGAGGCAGAGGCGCUGACUGUUGAGAAGAAAAAACAGACUGUGAUUGAACAGAUGAUGGUGGACCAGCUCUGCAGGGCUGUCAUCAGUGACCCAGAGCAAAACACUGCAAGUCCAGUGAACACUUCAGCACACCACAAAAGGACUCUCCAUCACACCAUGGUGAAAACUCAGAACUCUUUAACAGAGAACCUUUUAUCCCACAAACUCAGUUUUCAUGCCAGAAUUUUAUCAAGAUGUGGACAUGAGGCAUGUCGAGAGCUGAUUGGUUUCUUCUUCACAUGUGAUCACACACUGACUGUGUAUGAGUACCGCAGUUUUGGGAAAAACAGGUGCAACGUUUUGCCCUUUAUUGCCCGUGGUGUAUACAAGACUCGAGGGAGGACAUAUUGUCUAGCUGACUUCUCAAAGGGUGCAGAUCUGUGGUUCAGUACAGAUGUGCUCCAUGUCCCUGACAGCUUGAGACAGCAGCUGCAUCUGACCCUGAGAGUUACUCAUGUGGAUGAAGAAGCCAAGAGAUCCCUGCUGGCUCAGUCUGGAGAAACAGCAAAUUGCAUUACUGAGGAGGAACUCAAUAACCGGAAGACCCUAAGGGCAAUUCAAAGGGCUGUAUGUGAUCGGAUGCGAGGUCAUGCUAUCCAAACUCUGACUACACUGGGGAGGAAGCUGACAUGUUUAGACCUGCAGGAGAAUGGCUUCUUGGUCAAAGAGAAGCUCAGAAAAUGUUUAAUGGAGGAUCUGAGCCUCAGUCCCCAGGACUUUGACACUGUGUGGAGAAUUGCAGGCCCUCAGGGAGAGGUGACUGCGGAUGCUGCUGCUAUUAUGCGUGCUGUUACUGGGGAGAUGAGUGAAGCCAGAAAAGCUGUUUUUAUAAAGGUUUAUGUAAAACUUGAUCCACAUAAAACCGGCUCCAUUACCCUGAUUGACAUUGAGAAAUUCUACUGGGCCAAACAGGACUUGGGACAUGGGGCAAAAACAGAUUUCCUAACUUGUAUACGGAACAGAGGAAGGGUUGGGGGAAAGGUGUCAUAUGCUGAAUUUGAGGAUUACUAUGAGGGACUGAGCAUUGAAAUCCCCAGUGAUGAGGAGUACAUCAGCAUCCUGACCAGCACCCUGGACCAUCUGACCCUCCUCACCAAUGGUGUCUGCAUCUGUGUAGUAAUGUUUGUGCAUUAAUGUGUAUAAUGAGAUUUAGCCAUUUCAACUGCAAUAUAGACAAAGUCCUUCAACUAGUGAUAUAAGUGUUCAUUAAAUAGUUUUCCAGAGUAGUAAUGUGGAAAAUGUGGUAUUAUAUGUGGAUAUGUGUACAGUUUGACUGAUUUCUGUAAUAAACACCAG